AUGGAAGGCAUUAUCGACACAAAAGCCGUCAUCGACAUGGAUAUGUCUGAUCCUGAUCCAUCUGAGAAUCCCGAGAAACCCCCCAUCUCUAAGAAACCUGAGCCUGUCACCGAGGGCAAGAAAACCAGGCCAACCCUCAAGGUCCGCGACAACCUCCUCUACUGGAAGUGCAACCAAGCCCUCCACGACGGCAGCACCUGCGGAUCAUUCAACGAAGUGGGCUUCAAGCAGUGCAAAGACUGCAAGGCCCGACGCGGAGUUGGAGACGAUGGCACCGAUGCCUACGGCACUAAGAUUGCGAAGCUUGUUCAUGUCAACAACACGAACGGAGAUGAGUUCUGGCAGUACACUUCGGAUGAGUGA